AUGCUGACGCCCACGAGCACCUUCGCCCUCCGCCUCGCCGGCCAGGGCGCCGCCCGCGCAUCGAUCGCCUCUUCCAUCGCCCGCACCACCGCAUGCCCGUACUCGACCGCCUCGAUGAAGAAGCAGCAGCCCUCUGCCCGUCCAAUUGGCCUCGCCCCCACGAGCUCGAUUGCCCGCGCCAGCGCAGCCUUUGCCGCCGCCGCCUCCUCUCCGUCUUCGAUCGUUACCCGCGUCGUUCGCCAGCCCUGCUCCCACCGGUGCAACGCUACGGCCGCGAUCGCGGCGCAACAAAAGUCAGCCGCUGCGCCCGGGGACAAGCUAGACUGGGAGACGUUCUUCCAGCUGCGAAAGUCCCGCAGGAGGUGGCAGCUAGGCUUCAGCGUCAUCUCCGGCUUGGGCUCGUUCGUGGGCGGCGCCGGUCUCCUGGCGACUGGCGUUGCGGAUCCGUUGGUCACACAGGUUCCUCUGGACCCUUUCAUCACGAUGGGUAUGAUGACGAUGGCUUUCGGUGCAUUGGGAUGGCUGGUUGGACCUAGUGUGGGGUCUCUUGUCUUCUACACGCUGAACAAGAGGUGGAAGAACCAGAUGACAAUUAAGGAGAGGGAGUUCUUCGCUCGUAUCAAGAAGAACCGUGUCGACCCUUCCGUGUCUUCCGUUGGUAACCCGGUUCCCGACUUUUACGGAGAGAAGAUCUCCAGCGUCAAGGGUUACCGUCAAUGGCUCAAGGACCAGCGGGCCUUCAACAAGAAGCGUGUCAGCUUCGUGUAG